AGGUGCUGCAGCACACAUAUCACAUCCCGAUGGCCAAAAGAAGACCCCAUCUGGUCAUGCCCUUAUCCUCUGCAGCCAGCGCCGCGCUUCCUCUGACGUUGUUCCUCCUUCUUGCCGGGCCAGCCCUCUCGUACCUGUCACAUGUGCCCCCGAUUGUAAGCAAAUCACGCGUUUUUGCGGCUAAACAAAAUCAUCAUAGCCAGCUCGUACGGCAACGUACCCCAACGGCUCUGACGUUCAGCACGGCAACCUCAUCGGACGAGAGGGGCCACAUCACUCGUACUGAACUCGUGGGAGCGGCCAAGUUUGUACGACAGAACCCUAAAUCAGACCGUUUCAAAGUCUUGAGCUUUCAUCACGUGGAAAUCUACUGUGGGGACGCCACUAACACCUAUCGUCGUUUCCAGUUGGGCCUGGGUAUGAACCUGGUGGCCAAGUCGGACUUGUCUACUGGUAAUCCGCUUUUCGCAAGUUAUUGCCUGCGGUCCCAGAGGCUGCAGAUGGUCUUUAGUGCACCGUACUCCAUGAAUAAGGUGGCAGCAGAAGAAGGGUCGUCGAUGGGGAAGGGAGAGAUUGUAGAGAGAAGAAGCAGCCCGAACCCAGGUUUUGAGGCCUCGCACGCCACGCAGUUCUUCAACAGGCACGGAGUGGCUGUGCGGGCCUUGGGGCUGGAAGUGGAGGACGCGAGACAAGCGUACCAGGAAUGUGUUGCUAACGGCGGACAAGGAGUGCUAGAGCCUGUCCGACUGGAUCCCUCCCCGGGCUUGGGGCGGGACGGGUACUUGGUGAUGUCGGAGGUGCAGGCCUACGGAGACGUUGUCCUGCGCUUUGUCUCGAGACAUGGGGGCUACGCGGGCAGCUUCCUUCCGAGCUAUCAGGAGGAGACAAGUGCGGCUUACACAACGGGUGCCAAGGUGGAAAGGUCUCUUGACUAUGGUCUCGAACGCAUCGACCACGCGGUAGGAAACGUCUGGGAGCUGAACGAGGCUGUGUCGUACUUGGAAAAAAUGACGGGCUUCCACCCUUUUGCGGAAUUCGUCGCGAAAGACGUGGGCACUGUCGAUUCUGGAUUGAACUCCGUCGUCCUUGCCAACAACGCGGAAGAUGUCCUGAUCCCCUUGAAUGAGCCCACGUACGGGACCAAGCGGAAGUCUCAGAUUCAAACCUACUUAGAGUGCAACAACGGCCCCGGAUUGCAGCACUUGGCCUUAGCCACGCGCGACAUAUUCACAACAAUGCGAAAGAUGCGGGCAGUCUCAGAAAUGGGCGGCUUCACAUUCAUGGCCCCGCCGCCUCCAUCGUACUACCGGGCCUUGCCGGAAAGACUGGGCGGGAGCUUGACGGCCUCGCAGCUGGCACAGAUAGAGGAGUUGGGGCUGCUGGCCGAUAAAGACGACCAGGGCGUGUUAUUACAGGUAGGGUAGAUUUUCACCGUGCCCGUAGGGGAUCGACCAACGCUUUUUCUGGAGAUCAUUCAACGCAUCGGUUGUGAGUCUCCAGAUCCCAAUCAUUCGGAACAAACGAAACAGAGGGGAGGUUGCGGUGGGUUUGGGAAGGGAAAUUUCGCCGCCCUUUUCAAAUCCAUAGAGGAGUAUGAAAAAACGCUGGAUGUUUAGGAAUCGGAUAGGGAUGGAACAGAUAUGGUAG